AUGAGAAUCAGUGGUGGGGAGCUGUUUGACUCGAAGACAGGUCGCUAUUACUACUACAACGCUUCAUCAAUGAAGACGAUCUGGCAACGACCGAUGGGACCCGAGAUUGACAUCAUCCCUCUUGCCAAAUUGCAGACCUUGAAAGAGAAUACAGAAAGCUCAGAGCAUGCACGGGUGAGCUCAUUCUGGAUGUCACUUGAUGAUCAAAGCGAUAGCCUCUCAAUUGGAGACCGAGGUGAUUACCGUGACUAUAACCGGGAUUUCGGACGAUCACCGCGUCAGUUUCCUCCGUUUCCUACAAUGGGAACGACGUCAACUAUGUCAACUGCUCCUUCUGCGGAUUCUAUUCCACCGCGGUCGUCAAGGUCCUCAAGUCCGCCAAACCAAAAACGACAGUUGUUCCCUACGAAUACGGGUCCAAAAAAGCCCACGAACGCCGGUGGUUGGGCCAAAGAAGCACCUAAGCAACCUUUGUCAGCGCCAGACAACAAGCAGCUUAAGAAAGAGUCGCCAGCGAUUUUCAAGCUUAUUCAAGGAUAUAUGGGAGAUAGGAAAAGCAAGACACCAAUCGAUCAGCAAGCCUUAACCUUGUGCGAGCUUGGACUUUCAAAGCAGGAGUGUGCAGAUGAGGCCGUAGCUCAACUCAUGCAGCAGCUUACCGACAAUGAGCGCCCUGAUAGUGUUCGACGCGGAUGGGAGCUGUUGGCGAUACUUCUAAACUUUGUCACUCCUUCUGAAAAGCAAACUGCGUCUCUGGCAGAAUUCAUUGAUAGGAACUCUGAGAAAAUUUUCGAUAGACCUGAAGUGGCGGUAUCUCACUUCGCACAACAGUGUGCAAAACGGCUGUCUAAGUCGCAAAUCCGACCAAAACCUUCACUUGCUGCUGUACAAGAAGCUAGGGUACACAUUUUCAAUCCUCCUCAGUUUUCGGCAUCACUAAAUGAAUUAAUGGAGAUGCAAGCUGAGCGUUAUCCUCAACUCCAAUUGCCAUGGAUUGAGACGACCCUUAUUGAAUUGCUGUACGAGUCUGGUGCAAGGAGAACCGAGGGUUUAUUCAGAGUGCCUGCUGAUCCAGACCAACUCAUGACUACUCGUGCUCGGCUUGAUAUGUUCGUCAUUCCAGUAGUUCACGAUCCACAUGUGCCAGCUGGCUUGUUGAAAUUAUGGUUGCGGCAGCUCCCAGAGCCUCUGAUACCACAUGCGUUCUACCAACGGGCGCUAGCAGCAUCGGAAAACCCUGCCGAGCUCGCUCGGCUCGUUAAAAUUCUCCCUAAUAUCAACCAACUCGUAUUAACAAAGCUCGUGGCUUGCCUACAGGACUUGUCCCGCGAGGAGGUAGUGGCGCAUACCAAAAUGGAUGCAUCAAAUUUGGCUAUGGUGAUGGCGCCCAAUGUUCUGAGAUGUGAGAGCGAGGAUCCGCGGGUUAUUUUCGAGAACACCCGUCGGGAAAUGACGUUCUUGAAAACGUUGAUCACAAGCUUUGAUACCUCUCAUAUCCAGGGAGUGGUGUAG